AUUUCCAACAGCAUAAAAGUUGCAUAUGAAUUCUGAAUAACACAAACAAUUGUAAGAAUGGAAAUUAAAAUACGUGAAGUUGAAUCCAAUUUUGCUUAUAUUCAUGGGUAUUGAUGUGAAAAUACAGAAGGUUUGGUAUUGAUUGCAUUUGGAAUUGUAUCACAAACAGUUGACAUAAAUUAUGAGUAUAUAUCUACUAGAUAUGAUGAAAUUUGUGCUGAAAAAAAUCAAUGUUCUGUAAAUUUAAGUAAUCAAUAAACCUAGAUUGACAUUGAUGUACCAUCCAAGAUGAAAUCUCCUGUAUUUUUUUCAUAUGAGGUUUCCUCCUUUUUCUAAAACACAGACAAAUACUUCAAUAGCAUCCCUUAUGAUUAAUUAUACGGAGAUUCCGAUUUUGAUACUUCAAUUUGUGAUCAAUAUAAAACCAAUUUGGAAAUGGGGUAGACUUUAAGUGUAACAGGAAAACCCUUAUCUUAAGAUGACGUAGCCAUUCCAUGUGGUAUUGCUGCUUAUUCUUACAUGAAUGGUAUUGUUGAAAGAUUUAUUAUUUAAAGAUGAAUUUCUUUUGAUUAAAGAUGGCAAUCAAAUUUCAAUAACCGAUAAAGGUAUAUCAUGGGAAUCAGAUAGAGAAAAGUUUACAAACAUUAACUUAGACAAGCAAUGGAUUGAUAUGGAAUCUGGUAAUUCUUUUCAUUUAAAUUAGAAAGAUUUAUCAAUUGGAUGAGGCCAUCUCCAUUAAGCAGGUUCCGAAAAUUAUGGGGUAGAAUUGAUUAAGACUUAGAACCUGGUACAUACACAGUUAGCAUUAAGAUUAGUAAGUCCUAAAUUGAUUAAUCAAUAGAAACUAAUGACGCGUUUGCUGAAACAAAAAAGUAUGUUCUUUUACAUAACAAUGGAUAAUUUUCAGAUCCAAUUUUGGUGAUAACAUUACCUUGUCUCUGUGUGGGACCAUUUUUAAUAAUUUUUGGCCUAAUAAAUGUAAUUUAUUGGGGGAAGAAAUAAAAUUUGAUUAAAAAAUACAGAAUUUAUUGAUUGCCU